UUGGCGUUUGAGAGGGAGCUUAAAGCUUAUGAUCUCAAGGUCCAGCUCCAGCAGUUAAAGACCUCAUCGGAAGGGAAGGAACUCAUUAAACCGGCUAAAGCUGUUCGGUUUGAGUAUCCUAAAGGAGAGGAAGACCCAGCAGCAUCAACCAAUGGAGGAUAUGACAUGAUGGCUCUUGCUUCUGAUGCUAAGAGAGCUAGAGCAGGGAGCCCCUCAAAUUUAGAAGAUAUGCAAAUUGAUUUGGAUAACCUACCUCCAGUCGAUCCAGCACUCUUGAAUCAACUCUCAAUGCGUUUGAGUGACAAGCUCCAAAUAUUCAUUCAAGAUGUACCAGGGACCAUCAUAGAGUCACGCUUACUCACUGACUUCCAUUAUGCUCAUGCCUGCCAGACCAGUGAAAGAGUCAGACAGGCUAUACUAUAUGAGCAUGUCAUACAAGAUCUGAAGAGAGAGAACGAUCUCAAUAUGUCUUUAAUAGCUCGUAAGUAUUUCGUGGAGAUAUGCAAAGACCCUCAGAUAUAUCAAGAACUACAAGAUGUAAGAUUAUUGUACAGUCGGUUUUGUUCCUGCUGUUAUCAUUUUAUCCAGUCAGUAAACGAAGCAAAAAGGAACAGUUGGUGUUUGUCACUGGCUCACAUUAUAAAUUGUUUUUAUUUAAAUUCUUCAAUCAGUGCACAAGCUGGUGACAAAUAUUCGCUAGAUCAACAGCUGUUAGGUAGAUUCAGGUGUAAGGCACUCCUUAUGGUAAGUGAAAUGGGCACAGUUGCAUUUACCAGUGGUGAAGUCUCCUCCAGUAUAGUCAUUGGCAAUGAUUACAUUGUCCCUGGACUCAAGGCCUUCUCUCUCCAUCCAUUCGCUGGAGAUGACUCCAUUUUAGAGAAAGUGAGAGAGGAGUGGUGCCAGUGCUUAGAUCAGAGCUCACUAACUGAAGAUGAUUCCGACAAGCUAGCAGAUUU